CCUGGAGGAUGAUUAUUGCUGGCAGUGACAACAGUGAUCACCUGACCCACCAUUUACAUGCUCACACACCUUUGUUGUUAUAGCAGCUACAAGGUGACAACCCUGAAGCAAUUUCACUGCUGAAAAAAAACCGUUGUCACCCUAUGGAAGGAAGUUCAGUGAAAUCGGAUUUACUGGUAGAAUGAUCGGGUAUCUUCUAAAGAUUUCGGGUGCCACUUUUGCAGAACGGAGCGUGACUUAGUACCACAACAGGAAGCCUACAUCACAAAUCUAAUCUUACUUCAUGCCCACGUGGGCGGGUAUUAUACUUUCCCGCUUUGUCAUUAGCUGUACCAGGCGCGUAGCUAUAGCGACAGACCGGCCCCUCGCGCGGUGUAGGCGUGGCCGGGCCAGGCAAAUAGCCCGGAGAAAUGCCAAUCACCCUUCUGACGCAUGCGCACUGCACGGAGAGCGCGUCAGCAUGAGCGAGCGAGCGAGAAACUGGCCAAUGGGGUUGUGUGUGAUGUGCGGGCUGCCCGGGGUUGGAAAAUCUACGUUAGCAGCCGCAUUGAGACAGAAGGAGAGGCCGUACACUACAGUCCUGUUAUCGUAUGACGAUAUAUUGGCAGCGGACGCUUUUGAAGAAGAAGCAGUGUGCGAGUAUCGCGAGGUUUCCUGCCAGACGUUGGAUCCGGGCGGAAGAGAGCAGUCCCUGUGGAAGCGGCAUCGCCAGCAUCUCCUGCAGUGCCUGGAGCAUCUUCUAGUGUCUUUGUCCAGCUGCUCUCCUCUACAAGCCCCCAGUGGCGUCCCUGACAGUUUGUGGAAAAGGUUCUGCCAAUGUCUGGCGCAUCAAGGUUUAAUAUCUGCCCCAAGUUCAAACGCGCAGUUCCAGCGUUGUGUUCUAAAUCCGGCGCAUUUCCCUUUCUACUUCAUUCUAGAUGAUAAUUUCUACUAUCAGAGCAUGCGGUAUGAGGUGUAUCAGCUGGCACGGAAGUAUUCUCUGGGAUUCUGUCAGUUGUAUCUACAGUGCUCUGUUGAGAGCUGCUUGCAGAGGAAUAAGGGCAGACAGCAUCCUGUAACAGACAAGACAAUCCUGCUGAUGGAGAGAAAAAUCGAGAAGCCCAAUCCUGAGAAGAACACAUGGGAAGAGAACAGUCUAUCCCUGGACAGCUCUGGAGGAGGAAUAGCAGAUGAUACACAAAUCCAUGAUUUGCUGAAUCGAGCCCUGGAAAACCCUGUGCGGCCCCUAGACGAUGACUGUGAGGAACGGGAACGGGAUCGUGAAAUCUGUGCGGCCAAUCUUAUUCAUCAGGCAGAUCAAAGUCUACGAAGGCUCAUCGCAGAAACUAUGCAGACAGUGAAAGGGACAGUUGCUAGCAAGGAUAUAAAAAGAAUUGCUCAGGAGCUCCAGUGUGUAAAGUCUAAAGCUCUGGAACAAUUAAGGGAGCAUAUCACUGUACAGACUGUCCUACCUGCCAAAGCAGACAGAGAUUUCAAUGUGCAAGCUUAUUUUACCGAAGAAAAAGAGCGGAUAUUGCAGCCGUACUUGUGCCAGUCUCAGGAUCCAAGGCUGGAUUGCCAAAACUCUCCUGCUAUCUCCUAG